AUGGCAGGGGGACGGAGAGGACUUGUAGCCCCUCAGAAUACUUUUCUAGAAAAUAUUGUUAGGCGGUCCAACGACACCAAUUUUGUUCUGGGGAAUGCCCAGAUUGUGGAUUGGCCAAUUGUAUACAGCAAUGAUGGAUUUUGCAAGCUCUCCGGCUAUCAUCGUGCAGAGGUCAUGCAGAAGAGCAGCACUUGCAGCUUCAUGUAUGGAGAACUCACUGACAAGGAAACAUGUGAGAAAGUACGCCAAACUUUUGAGAACUAUGAAAUGAACUCCUUUGAAAUACUCAUGUACAAAAAGAACCGAAUGCCAGUGUGGUUCUUUGUCAAAAUUGCCCCUAUCCGUAAUGAGCAGGACAAAGUCGUGCUGUUCCUGUGCACUUUUAGUGAUAUCACAGCAUUUAAACAGCCCAUUGAAGAUGAUUCAUCGAAAGGCUGGGGUAAAUUUGCUCGGCUGACACGAGCGUUGACAAGUAGCCGUGGAGUUCUCCAGCAGUUGGCACCCACUGUCCACAAGGGUGAGAAUGUCCACAAGCACUCCCGCCUGGCCGAGGUGUUGCAGUUGGGCUCGGACAUCCUACCCCAAUACAAACAAGAGACGCCCAAGACCCCCCCUCACAUUAUUCUGCACUAUUGCACGUUUAAGACCACUUGGGACUGGGUUAUUCUCAUCCUUACUUUCUACACUGCCAUCAUGGUUCCGUAUAAUGUCUCCUUCAAGACCAAGCAAAACAACGUGACUUGGCUUGUGGUAGACAGCAUCGUCGAUGUGAUUUUCCUGGUGGACAUUGUGCUGAAUUUCCACACCACUUUUGUGGGCCCAGCUGGAGAAGUCAUCUCAGAUCCCAAGCUGAUUCGCAUGAACUACGUGAAGACAUGGUUCGUCAUUGACUUGCUUUCCUGUCUGCCCUAUGAUGUCAUCAAUGCCUUUGAGAACGUUGAUGAGGGCAUCAGCAGUCUCUUCAGCUCGCUGAAGGUGGUGCGCUUGUUGAGGCUGGGUCGGGUCGCCCGUAAACUGGACCACUAUAUUGAAUAUGGUGCGGCCGUACUGGUCCUGUUGGUCUGUGUCUUUGGCCUGGCUGCGCACUGGCUGGCUUGCAUCUGGUACAGCAUUGGCGAUUAUGAAGUUAUCGAUGAGGAGGCCAACAUAGUACGCACUGACAGUUGGCUGUACCUGUUGGGUGAGUCGGUGGGCACGCCGUAUCGUUUCAAUGCCAGUGGCACAGGAAAAUGGGAGGGUGGCCCCAGCAAGGACUCAGUCUACAUUACCUCUCUCUACUUCACGAUGACCAGCCUUACCAGCAUCGGCUUUGGAAACAUCGCCCCCACUACUGACGGGGAGAAGAUAUUUGCUGUGGCCAUGAUGAUGAUUGGCUCUCUUCUCUACGCCACCAUCUUUGGUAAUGUGACCACAAUCUUCCAGCAGAUGUAUGCCAACACAAAUAGGUACCACGAAAUGCUGAACAGUGUUCGGGACUUCCUCAAGCUCUACCAAGUGCCCAAAGGUCUGAGUGAGAGAGUCAUGGACUACAUAGUGUCCACCUGGUCCAUGUCUCGAGGAAUUGACACAGAUAAGGUGUUGCAGAUCUGCCCUAAGGACAUGAGAGCAGAUAUUUGUGUUCACCUCAACAGGAAGGUGUUCAAGGAGCAUCCUGCAUUUCGGCUGGCCAGUGAUGGGUGCCUGCGGGCUCUUGCCAUGGAGUUUCAGACUAUCCACAGUGCCCCUGGAGACCUCAUCUACCAUGCAGGUGAAAGUGUGGACAGCCUCUGCUUCGUGGUGUCUGGCUCUCUGGAGGUCAUCCAGGAUGAUGAAGUGGUAGCCAUUUUGGGAAAAGGUGAUGUGUUCGGAGAUGUGUUCUGGAAGGAGCAGAACUUGGCACAGGCGUGCGCUAACGUGCGAGCACUUACAUAUUGUGAUCUCCAUAUCAUCAAACGUGAUGCCUUACAGAAAGUUCUGGAAUUCUAUACGGCCUUCUCCAAUCACUUCUCUCGUAACCUGGUACUGACUUACAACCUGAGGAAAAGGAUAGUCUUCCGGAAGAUCAGUGAUGUAAAACGGGAGGAAGAGGAGAUGCUCAGGAGGAAGAAUGAAGCCCCGUUAAACCUCCCUCCGGACCAUCCAGUGCGGCGUCUCUUUCAGCGGUUCCGGCAGCAGAAGGAGGCCCGUUUAGCAGCGGAGCGGGCCAGUCAAGGAGAACCAGAUGUUGAGAGAGGUCCUGCCCAUGUGGAGCCAACCAUUGUCCACAAGGUCAUACCUUCCACCAGCAUUGUCACAGUAACUGAGAGCCCUGCAACGCCCAUUGCCUCUUCAUCUUCUUCCUCCUCUUCCUCCAGGGCCUCGAGUCGAGCGAAACUUCAUACUCCCAUGGAACCCAGUGCAAAUCAAGCAGGGAGUAAGUCUGCAGAACCCCCUAAGGGUAAAGCCUGGGGUCGAUUCAAGGAGUCCGGAGGGAAGUCUGAUCUAUCCUGGAACACUGUGUCUAAAGCGGAAUCCAUGGAAACCCUGCCGGACAGGACUAAGUCGCAGGACGAGCUGUCACUGAAAAAGACAGACUCCUGUGACAGUGGCAUCACCAAGAGUGACCUGCGGCUGGACAACGUAGGGGAGGGCAUAGUUCGUACGCCGCAAGAUCGCAGUCCCAUGGAGGGAAGGCGAACCUUCUAUCCUAUCCCUGAACAUAGCGUCCAGGCCUCCUUUCUUGAGCUCAGGCAAGAACUGAGAGGGGACAUCCGUUCCCUGAACAGCAGGAUGGCUGUCCUUGAGGGUCAGCUAGCAGAGGUGUUAAGACUUCUUAAAUCCAGGAAGUCCUCCAGCUCCUCUCAUAUGUUCCAACUUUCUCACCCAGUGUCUCCAGAUUCAGACAAGGUUGACGAUAUAUUCUCAUAA